AUGAAAAAGCAUCCUUCUGAAAAUUUAUUAGAUUAUUGUGUGUAUUACAAAGACAAAUAACUUCCAGCUUUACAUAAAACUGAGGCAGUUAAAAGAGCCUUGAUCAUGGAUUCAAUAACAAACAAUGAACAUCCUCUUAAUCAGUUAAUUGAAAAAAAACAAACAUUUGUACCCUUCAUCAAUGAAAGAGAUAGUAUGGGUAGAUUAAUAUCAAGUGAAUCUUAUCAUAGAAAAAGAAAAAGUGAUACAUCCAGUAUCUUUAAUUCUCCAAAAAGUAGUCACCACUUUCUAAGUAAGAACUCAAUUUCAAACACAAGUAGUUUAUAUGAGAAUUAACUACCUGCCACAAGACUAAAAUUAAAGAAUCUUUUGGGAGGCACUCCUGAAAAUACAGAAUUAAUUUAAUCUACUUUAUUAGCGAGUUAAAGCGAAUUUAAAUAAUCAUUCUAGUUCAAUUCCAAAUAUAAUCAGAUUUCCUUGAGAUUACAUAGAAAGAACAAUAGUCUAUAAAAUAAAUUGCCUUAAUUUGUACGAGAAUAUAAGGCUCCUGAAUUAAAGUUGAUCAAAUAACCAACAACUCCAUAAGCUACUCGAUUCUUUUAAAGUAAUUAUGUGAUAGAAAUGUUUAAUUAAAAUAAGUAUGAAUUCUUUAAAAUAAUAAAAGAAUACCUGAAUAUAAAAUGUAAUAUGUAAUAUUGAUGGAAAGAAUGAGUAAAUUUUAAUUGGAAUUUUUGAAAGAUGUGACAGCAAAUGAAAGAAGAAGAACAUUUGUUAAAUUGGAAAAGAAUAGAAGAUUUAAAUUGAGUUUAUUGUUAUUAAUUUCUAAACCUCAAACCUAGUAUAGAAUGUUAUAAUGAUUUGUAUAUAAUUUAUAUAUGAUAAUAGUUUAAUUGUUAAUUAGUGUAGCAUGUAUUCACUUUGUUUUACCCAAUUAUAUAAUAGUUUUAGAUACCAUUUAAGUAUAUAAAAUUAAGUUCCUUCUUAAUUGAUAUUUACACAAAUCAAUAGGAAAAAAAUAAUACUUUGA